CUGCUGUACUGCUCUCUGGAAGGGGUUGUCCUGCUCUCUGGAAGGGGUUGUCUAGGAAUCUGAUAAUCAUGGCUCUCCUAAGGGUUUCCUUUCUCCAGGUGUCCAAGAGGCGCCUCCUCCAAUGUGGUACCUGCUGGAAGCCUGGAUCUAAGCUCAGUGUUCAUACAUCACCUCAAAUGCCUCCAUGUGACUUCACACCUGAAAAAUAUGAGUCCCAGCCUUAUAACCAUAUCCUGAAGAUUCGGAAACAGAAUUUUUCACCCUUCAUGGCCACUUAUUUCCAGAAGCCCUUACUGCUCCAUCAAGGAUAUAUGCAAUGGUUAUUUGAUUAUGAAGGUCGAAGAUAUUUAGAUCUCUUUUCAGGGAUUGUCACCGUUAGUGUUGGCCAUUGCCACCCGAAGGUGACUACAGCUGCACAAAAGCAGCUUGGACGCCUGUGGCAUACAAGUCCUGCCUUCUUACAUCCUGCAAUACAUGAAUAUGCAGAGAAGCUGACAGCCCUUUUUCCUGAGCCACUUAAGGUUGUUUUCUUUGCAAACAGUGGCUCAGAAGCCAAUGAUAUAGCUAUGUUAAUGGCACGAAGCUGCUCUCAAAAUGUUGACAUCAUUUCUUUCAGGGGAGCAUACCAUGGAUCCAGCCCUUACACCAUUGGUUUGACAAAUGUGGGAACAUUCAAGCCAAAAACUGCCAGUGGAUCAAGUUGCCAAGCAACAAUGUGUCCAGAUGUUUUCCGUGGCCCGUGGGGAGGAAGCCAAUGUCGAGAUUCUCUGGUGCAAACAAUCAGGAAAUGCGACUGCACUCCAGGUUGCUGCAAGGCCAAUAGCCAAUACAUUGAAGAGUUCAAAAAUACCCUACACACUGUGGUAGCCAAAGAAAUUGCAGGCUUUUUUGCAGAGCCUAUACAGGGUGUCAAUGGAGUGGUUCAGUACCCCAAGGGAUUUCUGAAGGAAGCCUUCCAGCUGGUGAGAGAGAGGGGAGGUGUCUGUAUUUCCGAUGAAGUACAGACAGGAUUGGGCAGGCUGGGCACUCAUUUCUGGGGAUUCCAGAGUCAUGGAGUCCUCCCUGAUAUUGUCACCAUGGCCAAGGGGAUAGGAAAUGGUUUCCCCAUGUCUGCAGUUGUAACUACUCCAGAGAUCGCCAAAUCCUUUACUAAACUUGUGAAUCAUUUCAACACAUUUGCGGGAAACCCCAUGGCUGGUGUAAUUGGAUCUGCUGUUCUUGAUGCAAUUAAAGAAGAUGGCCUACAAGAAAACAGUCAAGAAACUGGUUCCUAUAUGUUAUUGAAGUUGGCCAAGCUGAGGGAUGAAUUCGAGAUAGUUGGAGAUGUCCGUGGAAAGGGCCUCAUGAUAGGAAUAGAGAUGGUACAAGAUCAGGACAGUCGCCAGCCUCUUCCUCUCAAAGAAAUGAAUCUAAUCCAUGAAGACUGCAAAGACAUGGGGCUUAUCCUUGGCAGAGGUGGACUUUUUAGUCAGACAUUCCGAAUUGCACCCCCGAUGUGCAUCACUAAACAGGAGGCUGAUUUUGCAGUGGAAGUACUUCAUUCUGUAUUGAGCAGACAUAUGGAAAAAAGGGCUAAAGGGAAGCUUUAAAGAAGAAGAAGAAGAAGAAGAAGAAGAAGAAGAAGAAGAAGAAGAAGAAGAAGAAGAAGAAGAAGA